AUUGAGUUUGUUAGAGGAAACUGGAAUGAGUGGGAUGGUUGAAAUUGAAUAGUACUGAAUUGAGCCGGAAAAGCAAGAGUAGUUAGUUGCCGCCGUUUCUCAAAUGAAUCUCAGCCGCCAGCUUCUUCAACACCAACAGUUGCACAUCCAUCAUCAUCAUCAACCUUCAUUCUCACCUCCGCUCCUUAGGGAUCUUCGUAUCAAACAUCAACAUCCGCUUCAUGUAUUCGCGCGAAAAUGUCUCAACUCCUCAUCAGACGAGCAUUCUCUAGGGUUUCUGAAUCCUAUUGAUUUGGUUUCUCCAUGUUGGAGAUCAAGACUAUUAGUCAGAGGACGGGUGUCGGAUAAGUUCUCAGAUGCGUUUGAUCCUGAUCAAUCCCCCAAUCAUGUUCCUGAACCAACCCAAGUUCUGAAGAACAAGGAAGGUACAUUUUUUAAGAUCUUGAAGGGAGCCAAUUCUGUUCUACCUCAAGUAGUCCUUGCCAGUACAAUUUUGGCUCUUAUAUAUCCACCUUCAUUCACAUGGUUUACUAACAGGUACUAUGCCCCAGCAUUAGGUUUCUUGAUGUUUGCUGUGGGUGUUAAUUCAAGUGAAAAAGAUUUUCUUGAAGCAUUCAAAAGACCAGCAGCUAUUUUUGCUGGUUAUGUUGGCCAGUUUGUUGUAAAGCCCUUCCUUGGUUAUCUGUUUGGCACAAUUUCAAUGACAAUAUUUGGUCUCCCAACUUCCUUAGGUGCUGGGAUCAUGUUGGCUUCUUGUGUCAGUGGGGCACAACUAUCAAAUUAUGCUACUUUUCUAACAGACCCACCAAUGGCCCCUCUAAGCAUUGUGAUGACAUCAUUGUCUACUGCUACUGCGGUGUUUGUCACCCCAAUCUUAUCUCUGUUGCUUAUUGGAAAGAGGUUGCCUGUAGAUGUAAAAGGAAUGGUGUCCAGUAUUCUGCAGAUUGUAGUUGCACCCAUUGCUGCUGGCUUGCUUUUGAACAGAUUAUUUCCCCAAGUUUGUAAUGCUAUUCGGCCAUUUUUGCCUCCACUAUCAGUAUUCGUGACAGCUCUUUGUGUUGGAGCACCACUUGCUAUUAACAUAGAUUCUGUUAUGUCCCCAUUUGGAUUAUCUGUGGUGUUGCUUGUCAUUGCAUUUCACUUGUCCGCAUUUGUUGCUGGUUAUGUCCUUUCUGGCCUUGUCUUCCGCGACACACCUGAUGUGAAAGCGCUUCAAAGAACAUUAUCCUAUGAGACAGGAAUGCAGAGCAGUCUUCUGGCCCUUGCACUUGCAAAUAGGUUUUUUGAAGAUCCACUAGUGUCUGUGCCUCCGGCAAUCUCUGUUGUAAUCAUGUCGCUGAUGGGAUUCUCUCUUGUCAUGCUGUGGGCUAAGAGAAAAGAAUAGAAACGUGAUGAAAUAAUUCCUGCCAGCAGAAGCUGACAAAUAUAUUUGUUAGGCUAUUUGCUGUGCGAAGGUUCACAUCCUCGCAGAAAACUGCAAUAAGGCACUUAAAGAUGGUGCCAUUUGAAGGCGUUAUGUGGUGGUAUUGUUGGAUAUCCAUUACAGAAGACUGGAAGAUGUUUCUUUAAGCACUGUUCAUACUAAUAUUUGAUAGAAGGGGGGAAAAGGGUAAAAGGAGAAUUUAUAGAGGGGACUUCAUAAGGAUCUGAAAUCGUCUAGAAUUCUUUGUAGUGGCAAAACCAGCUUCUUUCUUUUACUUUAGCUCUUUUUUCCUUCCCUCUGUUGAAGGAAAAUGUAGUAAUUUAUAUGUGUGUGUGUGUGAGCAUGUGAAUAAAAUUUUCAUGCCUUGAAAGGAAUAUUGCUGAACACUUGUAAGCUUGAUAUCUCUUCCUUUGAAUGUUCUAUUGGCAAAAUGCAAACAA